AUGGGUCCACAGUGGAUCCUGGCUGGGUUGCCUCUGUCACAUUCUAGCUGUGAUAAGGAAGGGUUUGAGAGGGUUGUGGAUGUGAUGAGAGAAGAGAAGUACAUGACGGUGCAGCCGUACGCCAGCCAGGGGAAGGACGAGAUCGGCUUUGAGAAAGGGGUCACCGUGGAGGUCAUCCAAAAGAACCUGGAGGGCUGGUGGUACAUCAGGUACCUGGGGAAGGAGGGCUGGGCCCCGGCCUCAUACCUGAAGAAGAUGAAGGAGGACUUCUCGUCCCCUGGCCGGAAGAAGACCCUGACAGGCCCUGUGGAGAUCAUAGGCAACAUCAUGGAGAUCAGCAACCUGCUCCAGAAGAAGUCCAGCAGUGAGAAGGAUUUCCAAACGGAUGGAGAUGCCACCAGUCCUGAGCGCCACAUCUCAAAGAGUGAGAUCAGCCUGCCCAUGCCCUAUGCCCCAGGUUACAAUCCCAGUCCCGACCAUGGCCCCAGCCCUGGCCCAGGUCCGAGCCCCAGUCCUGGGCUGAGUUCUGGGUCUGGGAUGGGUACCUCCAGUCCUAGCCUGGGCCCUUGUGCUAGUGGCCCUCUACAGGACAGUAAGGGGAAGACAGAGCCUGGUUCUCCUGCUGUAGCACGUGUCGCUCCACACAGAGUGUCGAUAGGCUUUGAGGCUAUAGGCUCUCCCAACCUCCGACAAAAACCUCCUCCUAGAAGAGAAAUGAAUCUGGGCUUCCAGUUACCCAAGCCACCAGAGCCACCUACUGUGGAAGCAGAGUACUACACCAUCGCAGAGUUCCAGUCCUGCAUCUCUGAUGGCAUCAGUUUCCGUGGAGGACAAAAAGCUGAUGUCAUAGAGAAGAACUCCGGGGGAUGGUGGUAUGUCCAGAUCGGGGAGACGGAGGGUUGGGCCCCCUGCUCCUACAUCGACAAACGCAAGAAGCCCAACCUCAGCCGACGAACCAGCACGCUCACCCGCCCCAAAGUCCCGCCCCCAGCUCCGCCCGUCAAGAAGCAAGACUCAGAGGAGACGCCCUCACCUUCACCCAGUCACUCCAUCUCCUCCUCCUCCAAAGCCCCAGAAUCCCCCAGCCGGCCCGCAGUAUACGAGGAACCGGAAUACGAUGUUCCCGCUGUUGGGUGCGAGGGCGAGUCGGACACAGAUUCCCUGAAGGGAGAAACAAUACAUCGCCCCCUGGAGGGGAAAAUCAACAGUGUGGUCUGUGAGAAGUACCGUAGUUCUCCUCUGGUCUGCAAGACCUCCCCUGUUAUUAUCAGCCAUAGAAGAAGAUCCUUCAGGACCGUUGAAGAGAUGGCCAAGGAGGAAUGUAUCUAUGAGAACGAUGACUUCAGGCGCAGUAGUGGUGAUGAAGGGGCUUCGGCCAAAGGCUGCGGCGGUUCCAACUCCCCAAGGAUCUACCACUCCUCGACUGUACCCCGCAAACCCUCAGGGUCUUCACCUCUAGCAGGGGGAAAGCCAUUGAAGAAGAUCACCCCGGAGCUGAGCCGGAGCCAGUCCCUAGCCAAAGCCGACACCUGCCCCUGGUCGUCCUCAGACGAAUCGGGUAGAGGUUCAAGGAAACCCCCAGGCAUCAGGACGGUGGAGCAGAGGAUAGGCCAGAGCCCCUCCACCAAGCCCAAGCCCUCGGUGAGGCCUAAACCUCUCCUCACCACGAAGUCAGAGCCCCAGUGCCCCGAGAGGAUGGACAUCACUUCCCUGAGACGCCAGUUGAGGCCCACGGGUCAGCUCCGGCAUACCGUCCAUGGGCUCAAAGACUCCGAGACGGCUUCCGUCAUCUCAUCGGAGGACUCCCAUUCUUCCCGCAACAGCACCUCAGACCUCUCCUCCAUCUACUCCAAGGGGAGCCGGAGAGAUUCGGAUCUGGAGGGGUUCAACCUAUACCGGACCACAGAUAACUACGACAAGGUCCAGGAGUCGGAGCUGAGCUUCCCAGCUGGGGUGGAGGUGGAAGUCCUGGAGAGGCAGGAGAGCGGCUGGUGGUACAUCCGUUGGCGGGACGAGGAAGGCUGGGCGCCCACCUUCUACUUGGAGCCCAUCCGCCAAGGGAGGGACGGCGGUGGGUCCGAGUCCGACGGACAGCGCUCUGGGUCGGGCAGUGGCACCGGGAGCAAGUCCAACAGCCUGGAGAAGAAUGAGCAGCGUGUGCUGGCGCUCAACGACAUCAACCUCCAGGGACUCACCAACCACCACCAGGUACACCACACGCCGGGGGGUCUGAGGUCGAGGAACACUCCCCCAAUCCCCUCCAAGCCUCCGGGGGGCUUCUCCAAGCCGGCUGUGCUGGUCAACGGAGCCGUGAGAAUGAGGAACGGUGGGGUGAGACCGCAGUCCGCCGUCAGACCCCAGUCCGUGUUCGUGUCUGCGCCACAGCCCGCCAUGGACAGUCAACACUACAUGACGAAUUCCCUGAGGCGGAAUGAGUCAUUGGGCGCCCACAACCAGUACCGUACCGACCAGUACCGCUCUGGUUCCGCUACCCUCGGCGUGCGCCGUAACUCCUCCUUCAACGCAGUGCAUGCGCAGCCCGUCACAGUUGAGACCCGAUCGAGACCCUCAGAGCGCUCUAUCACCACCAGGGGGUCUUCGGCGGAACGAUUUGGCGCUGGCGGCGGGACGGACACCUUGAGCAGGGUUGGGGUUGUUGUGCAGCGUAACGGUAUCCCCGUCUCCACAGUCAGGCCCAAGCCUAUCGAGAAGAGCCAGCUGAUCCAUAACAACCUGGGGAGGGAGGUAUAUGUGUCUAUUGCUGACUACCGGGGGGAUGAUGAGACCAUGGGAUUCCCUGAGGGCACCUGCCUGGAGGUUCUAGACAGGAACCCCAAUGGGUGGUGGUACUGUCAGGUCCAAGAUGCCCUGCACCCCCGCAAGGGCUGGGUCCCCUCCAACUACCUAGAGAGGAAGAAGUAAUGGCCUAAUAAUAAUAACAAUGUCCCCCUUUGAUGAUGUCACUAAGAAUAUUGGUGAUGACACCACUCCAUAAGAAUGUUACCCCACAAGAGCUACCACAAGCAAUAUGCUCCAAAUAUGUAAAUGUUUGAUUCUGAAAGACUUUAUGUACAAAAAUAUGUUGUUUUAAUCUUAUAAUGAGAUUGAGACACUUUUAUUUCUGGUUUACUAAAAUGUACAUGUAAAAGACUAAAAGUCCAGAUUUUUGUGUGCGAUAUGGGAUGAAACGAGAAACUGAAAACGGGGGUUGGCCACCCCCAGUGUUAGAAACACAAAUAUGUUUUUGGAACUUUGGAACGAUGCGAUUUGACACGACACCUUCUAGAAGGGGUUUACAUUAGAAAGAGAAGAUAGCUGGGUAAGGAUGGCAAGCCUUAUACCUGCCCUUGUGACUAUAAUGCCAAAUAGGUGCCUUUUGUAGAUUAUCAACUGAAUGGGGGUUCGAAGAAGUGGACGGAACACAUCAGUGAAUCAACGUCAUUACCAAAUGUAUUACAGUGCCAUAGGCCUAUGAGCAUGAAUACCACCAAAAUUAUUUUUGUAACGUUCAAGAGAAUCACUUGAGUAGGAAUGUUUAGGAGCGUUACCGAGCGAAUAUGAUCAAUCUAGAGUGUUGUAUUAGAAUGUUCAGAAUCAAAUAAGAAAAAAAACAAGAGAACAGGAGAGAUAUCAGUGACUCUCAGUGAGUCACAAUUGAGCAAAGUCAAAAUGACUAAUCCUUUGAUUAUAUUUUUUAGACAUUUCUGUAUGUUUUGUUCUUUAAUGUCUUUGUGUGUCUUUUUGUCUGUCCUUAGAGAUGUAUUUCUGCUUUCUUGUGUUAUACUCCACCGACAGUCCAGAAUUGGAAAGAGUCAAAGUUUAGUCUCUCGGAUGUUCCGAUCUCUGAAGUUUCACUGACGGAAUAUCUAUGUUGAGGUACACGUAAUUGGACAAACUUUGUAGUUUUACCCCAUUUCUGGAGUCCCACUUCUCAUUAAAAAUUUUCAACCAAGCCUACAGAAUCUUGCACACAAAUAAAGCUGAAACCUGUCAAGCUUGAAAUCUAAUCAAAUUAUACUUAUUGGGAAAUAAAUUCCAAUUGAAGGUGCUUUUCAGUCAACAAAAAAAAAAGGCCUACCACCAAGAUAUUAGUUUAUACAAUAAGUUUUAGUAUUGUAUGUCUGUAGUAGUCCCAGACAAAUAUCUUUGUAUGUAUGCUUUACUGUAUAUACAGUAUAGCAACCGCAGUUGCAGUUGCACAGAAAAUAAGUACUGGAAAUAUGGCUUAAUAAUUGUUUUUCAAUCCCAGGGAUAUACUUCCAUAGCCUCGAGCCCACAAUGUGAUCAAACCAAAGAGGAAUAUCAUUUAAUUGGCUAUUUUGUAGCUUUACUAUUUAUUUAUGGGCAUAAAUAGCCUAAUACAGUGUAUUCUAAAAAAAAUACCUAAAACUAAGUUUAAAAACUGAAGAUUUAAAAAAUAUAUAUGUUGAUAACAAUAUCUGGACUCAGUUGAUUUUCUGAAUCCAAAUUAAAGAUAGUGUCAACAUGCGGAUAUUGCUGUGCAGUAUUGGUUUAUGUGGUAUGCAAUAGAGUUUAUGUUUACUUUCUUGCUUUAAAAGUAGUUUGGUAUCUACUGGAUUUAGAAUAGUACUGCAGGACUAUACAGUCAUGUCAACAUAACCAUUACUACUUACUUAUAUGUUUUCCCAAACACAAUACUGAUAUUAUUUCAAAACGAUCCCCAAUAGAAAAUCAAAAUUAAGUACUAUUUCAACUGGCUGGUGUUCAAGACUGCUGAAAUAUUUUUCUAUUGAACAGUGUGUGAGCUUCUCAACUGAGGUUAAACACUAACUUUUCAUUACAUUUUCUGCUGGACAGUAUUAUAGUAUUAAACAAAGUAUUGUACCUGCUAGAUUGCAGUUAUAUCUGUUUUAGCCAACCAUAGUUGUUUUUUGUUGUUACAGUGUGAUAACACAUAGACAAUAAUGAAGAUUGAAGUUCCGUUUUUUGUGAAUUAAUGCACUUUAACACUUGUUUACAGUGCAUUAAUGUAAAGAUGCAGUUGAAAUACUCAGCAUAUUAUUUAUUGAUUUUUAAAAACUAUUUAAUAUUAGUAUUUUUAUACCUCAAGUUUUUAAACUCCUGUCUUGUCACAGGAGUUGCCAAAUAUCUCAGUCAUUGGAGGAUGCCAAAGCUCCUCACAAUAUAAUAAUUGGAUACAUGGUACUCUCUUGUGGGAGACGAAUGCUACCGCAACAUACUUUUUUCAUGUUGCCCAACAAACCGGCAGUUACAAUGCAAUACUAAAUGCACUGCUGGUCAGUGAAACUACCAACUACACAAUGCCUGUACAUAAUUGAAUGUUUUCAAAUAUUAAUGCAGCUAAGAGUUAGUCUUUUUUUUUUUUGUAGUUUACAAUUUUUGUAGUUCACUUUUUUGUAUUUGGCAAUCUUUUUUUUUUUACCUUCUAAAUGACUUUUUUUCCCCAUGCUGUGUGCUGCAACUAGCAAAAUCAUGGAAACUUCCUUUCUCCUUAUUGCUCUGUACAUAAUGCCUGAUUCAAAUCGUAUUUAUUUUUGAACUAAUGUUUAUACCUCCCAUUUGUGGUUUGACAAUCAAAUAUUUCUCCCCUUCCUCACCAGACUGGACUAGACCUGUCAACCUAGUACAAAAGUCAAUAAUGUGUGAUAUACUGUAAUUUUUUGAAAUUUCUACAUUCUAUUUGGUAUGCAUUUCAAGCCGUUGCAUACAGAGAUCUAUAGAAGCUGAAGUUAGUUCUACUUCACAAAUGGAGGGUAAAAUGCUCUUUAUCUCUCCCAUCAUAUCCUAUCUAAAGCAAUGGAAAUCAAUAAUUAGGCCUAGAACCCCUUACCCACCGCCCUCCCUCCCCUUGACGAAGGCAUUAUGUAAACGUGUUGAAUCACCCAUAACAUUUUGCUUCAGCACAUAUUAAUGCAUAUUGCUAUUGUUUAAUAGAGUACAAUUUACACGGCUUGUCUGCCUGCGCCUGCAAAUUACAAGGGAAUUGUAAUGUGUCAAGCUCGACUUUUUCAUAUUUAGUAUUAUGUAUUUUUUGUUUUUCAUAAUGUUUUCAAUGUUUCCGGCAAAAUGAUCAUUGACAUUCUAUUUGUUUUUCGUUUUCACCCCAUUGUAUUUGAACAUCAUUCAGAAAUCUAAUAAUGAGGAAAUGUGCAAUAGAAAUAGGCAUCUUUAAAAAACAUAGGUAAAGAAAAACAUGAUCAACAUUACCUCCUCUUUCAACAUGUCUAAGGAUAUAUGAUCAAACAAUAUAUUGUAUAUCCCUUAAUCCAUUCAAGCCAUCAUCGGUCAUCUAAACGCCUUUAGGUCAUGACUCAUUUCAGGUCCACUGCUUUUUUCAUAUUAGCCUUUUUCAAAAGAGCAACAGUUGCUAAUGGCACUAAACAUACUCCAAUCCCAUUGGAGAUGCUUACAUCCAUUGAGCUACAGCACAACAUGUUGUGAAAUGAUGGCCAGCAUUUUUAACCAAUUGCUACGUAAGAAUCCCUUCUGGUCCCUCCUCCUGGCUAGCGAACUGUGAAUAACACCGGCAGAAACCAAUGACCCGGGUUCCGACCUCGUAAACAUCUAGCUGUUCUCUACCACAAAUGUCAGCAUCGAGGGCCUCUGGGUACUUACCAGACUGCCUUCAAGCUGUCAUGUUUGUGCUUGAACAAAAUGUUUUUGUUCUUGGAGUGUGUCUCUCUCCUCCACCUACGCAGAUGCCUCCAUGACAUUUUAACACAAGCCAUACCGGCCUCUUCAACCCCCUUGCUAUGGUAAAAGAGACAUUUUGAACUGACACAGAAUGUCAACCGCAUAAUGUAAACUGGGAGACUGUCAACCGGUAGUCUUGUCGGGAAACAGUGAUGUGUACUACAGGGUCAUCGCAGUUUAAUCCAUCCGCUUCCAAACCAAUACCUACCGUUACACCAAAUAUAAGAAACCACUUUUUUAUGUAUCUACAUGUCUUCGACCCAAGCCCCAUGGGAAUUCAUUUCAGACUUGACCGUGUGCAUAAUGUUUAGAAUCUUCUGAGGAGAAAGAGAGAAAAUACUACAUGGGUUCGGUUUGGUCCUUUGUCCACAGAUUACAACAGUGAUGUUCUGGAGUUCCACUAAAGCUGGUUAGUUUAACAGUUUCCUCUACAGAUUAUUUUUUAUCACUUAUCCCCACAUAACAGUUAAGGUGCUUCUCAGCUUUGGAAGCUCAGUUCAUUUCCUUUCCCCUCCAGUAGAUUUGAUAGGGAAGACACACACACCGUUGAGUUUUAACUUUGGUGGAGGGUGGUAAAGUCUCACCAACGAGGGAAGCCAUUCAUGUCAGAGGGAAUAGAUUAGAGUCUCUACCAUAUUUGUGAAGUCAGCCAAGUGAGACCUUCCCUGCUGACGCUACACUGCCUCAACUCUCUGCCCCCCCCCCCCUCCGCCCCUUCUCUCUUUUUAUUUUAACAAAUUGUUGGUCCUUCUCGAGCGUGACAUUCUCUUAAACCUAGUAAUCCUAGAUAGCACCAGCCGAAAUGCCUUUUUUCCUCCCAGCUUUUUUCGUUCGACUCUUCCUUUUCUAGUGCCUCCUUGCUCUCUCUUCUGCCUUUUCCACCAUACUUCCGCCAUCUUCUUUUUAUUUAUUUCACCUCAACCAAAGCUAGUAGUUCCCAGUGCCGAAAGCUAGUUACUUGAAGUAGGAAGAAAGAAGAGAUUGGAUAUGUUGAGUGUAUCUAGUGUAUGAGGUUUGGGUCGUCGGAGUAUGUGAUGUGAGAUAUUGUGUGUUUGUGUGUUUGAGAGAGGACAUGUGCACUAUGAUGAGAUGGAUUGCGUGCAGGUGAGGUCAGGGGAAAGAUAGGAGGAAGUCAGGGAUGCGGUUGGUUGUGUUUGGGAUGCGUCUGGAAUCCUGAGAUGGAACAGAUUGUGGAUUGUAGAUGACAUGGCAAGAACGAGAGAGAGAGAGAGAGAGAGAGAGAGAGAGAGAGAGAGAGAGAGAGAGAGAGAGAGA